UUUGGUAACACUGCUACAGCUGAAGUUGCUAAAGACAUUGCUAUUGAUUUCUAUCAUCAAGGCCCAGAAGGAUGACGGCCGAGGUAACUCUGCCUGUCCCUCUUCCCCCUAAGGAUUCAGCAAGAACUGAUGAUAGAAGAUUAUGGGUUGGGAAUCUUGAUUCUCGGCUAAGAGAGUAUCAACUCCUUAAAAUGGUGGAAAACUUUGGCCCCCUGGUGGAAUUUGACUUUCUUUACCAUCGAUCGGGACCGCAGGCAGGACAACCCCGUGGGUAUGCCUUCGUGACAUUUGAGUCCUCCAAGUCUGCCCAGACAGCUAUGAGGGUACUUGACGGAAAGAUUAUCUUGGGCCGAAGGAUGGCAGUGAAGUGGGCUCACGCUCAGGACGAGAGCAUGUUCGAGAGAAAUAAAGAAAAGCCGGCGCCGCCCAUUCUCAGCGGUGGUAAGGCUGAGACCAGUCAGAUAAGCAAAAAAAGUAAAAUUGCAGCUUUAGAGGCAAAACUGAAACUACUUGAAGAAGAUCACCUCAAGGUGGACCUGACCCCAGAUGUUGGGGCCAGUGCAGCGAGACCAACCUCUGUCACUUACGCAUUUAUUGAGAGGAAACCAGGACCCAAACCCCAGGGAGCCACAAACAGAUCAUAUCAUUCUUCUAGUCAUCCUUAUCAUAAAUCAAAAACAUCUAAAAAAUAAUGACGGGUGUACAGUAUAGUGUUAUAACUGGAGGCAGGAAUUACUGUACUGCUGCCUGUGUUAUUAAAGGUAUUUCUUCACAGUUCCUUACAGCAUUAAUAUUCUCAUGUUUCCUAUUUCCUCAUAGCAAAUAAGAAGUAAUCCAUAUGCAACCAGAACUUGUUUUUGAUGAUAAAUUUAUUUUCUGUGUAUAUAUGGCUUGCUGAAUUCUUCCUUGGGCAUAUACUGUACAGUACAUGUACAGUACUAAGAAGUUUUUUAUUGGUGAAUUUUUAAUCCUGUUUCACAAGUUUUGUAGUUAUGAGCUUCUGAGGCAUAUUUUCAAAAUAACAGGUAAUUUCACUGUAAAUAUUUAAUCAUAUUAUUUGAUAUCAUGACCAACGACCAUCCUGGUAGACUUAGUACAGUAUAUAAAGUGGAACUAAACAUGAAUGACUCAUUACCUCAGAUGUUAAACAAAUAACAAUAGGAAAGACUCCCUUUUGUAGAGUAAGAAGCUUUACUUCAUCAGAGUUUGUAUUGAAUUUUUAGCAUUGUACAAAGCUUUUAAAGCCAGUAUUGAAGCAUCAUCAUAAAGCACAUUAUAUUCAUUAUAAAGACUGAAGACAAGGGCACACUAAACUUUAUGUUGAGUGAGUACUGGAUAAUUAGAUAAGAAUAUGGAAGAAAUGUUGAACCAUAAGAGGGAAGAGGUAAAGUUAAGUCAAUCAUAACUCAGUAUAUAUAAAGAAAUGUUGAACUGUGAUUGUACGAGUAGUUGCAGUCAUAAGACAUACAAUGGUUAAUGGCGUCUUGACAUGACCAACUAGGGGUGUUACUGUAAUACAUUUUGAGGACUGACAAUGGAUAUGUUCUAUAAUCUUAAAAGUAAAAUAUAAACAUAAGCUUGUCAGUUUACCUCUGGAUAAUGUAAGGGUAAUAAGGAUAGUAAAGACAUGCCAGAGCAGGACAGUAACUCAUUAAUCAUAAAUCUUCACAGUUUAUCAUUAUUAACUGAAUUAAUUUUGAUAUUGGAGUGUGUGACAUCUUGUUUCUUUACAUAAUUUAUAACUACUAUCUCAGGCUGUUCAAGUGUACUUUAAUUAUAGAUAAUCUUAAGAAAUGUAUGUUAACAGAAGACUGAAAAAUACCUGUCUAUGCUCCAACCAAAAAUAGUAGAAUUUAUAAUGCAGGUUGCCCACAUUUAUACUGGGGGGUUGUGUUCUCAUAAGAGGCCAGUAUAAGUGACAUUGAUAUAAAUAAUGUCAUAUAAAUUUGUUGCCAUAGUUAAGGGGGUUCACAUUGCCAUAAUUAAAGGAGGUUAAUGUUGCUAUAGUUAAAGGGGUUCAAGUUGCCAUAGUCAAAGGGGCUUUAUGUUCCCAGCCACAGCCAAAGUUCCCCCAUUGAUGGUGAUUUUGUACUGCUGUAUAUUAGUUUCUCCUGCAUCAUAUACAGUACAUUACUUCUGUAUUAGUAAUUUAUUGCUUAAAUAGUAUAAAUGUUGUUGAAUGAACAUUAUAAACAAUUAUACUCCACUUACCAGUAUAUUUUGUUGUCUUCUGCAAGAAGACAGGCUGAUAUUAGGUGAGUAGUAAAUUACAUGGCCAGUCAAUAGCUUCAAACAAUUGAUAUGAUAUGAUGUUUGCCUUAAAUAGUAUACAGUAAUCCACAUGUUACUACCACACCCUGAGCAGUGCAGGCAAUGGUGUUGGGAGGCAUAUUAGGUCAGUUAGGUGCAGUGGCUGACUUAGAGCAUUAUGAAGCAGGAUUCAAGUCUUGAAAUUGUGGUUAAGUCAUGGUAGUAGUGCUCCAUCUCCACACAAAUGCCUUCACACAUCAACCUUCAGAAAGUGUUGCUAUUGUCUAGGAUGUUUUAUAAGCAUUCCAGUGAACAGGUAUUGUAAGAAAUGUACAUGAGAAAUGACCUGCAUUCUUGGGGAAGAUGAAAAGUGUGAUGCACUGUGUAGUACUGUACAUGUGAACUUUAACUCAGUAUAAAUGAAAGUUUGGAGGUAAGAAGUAAACUUUGUUAGUGUGAAUCUGGUUGUUGAGAUGCUGGUACUGUACUGUACAGUAUAAAUGAGGGCAACGUGUUCUUACCUUUUUAGUGAUAUUGGUGUAAAUAUUUACCAUUGGAACAAACUCCUCAAUGGUGCUGCAGUGAGACUGUCAUUAUUUAGAAUUUUACCUUUAGAUUUAGGGUUUAAGAUAAAAUGUGGGAAGACUUACAUUAAUGUUACAUCAAGUGUAUAAUGAAUGGUAUAUUCAGCAGUGAUAUAUCUUUUGUAUAUUCCUCAUAUGAAGUAAAUAGCUUUAGCUUCAUGAUUUUCCUAAAACCAUCCAGGGUGAACAUGCAUCCCUUAUGUCAACUUAUCUUAAGAGUUACAAAAUGUUGUUAUAUGUUAUCACUAGAUAGUCUUCAGAGAAUCACAUGUGCAUCUUCCUGUUCUCAAAGUCGAUGUGAGAGAUAUUCUUGUUACCUUUUAUGUGUAUAAAUGAAGAGUUUGAACUGAUAUCAAGCAUUGUAAAUUCAAUUAGAGGCUAAGAACUCACUUUGUGUACAUCAUAUGUAAGUUGAGGAUAUGAACAAGUAUGUAUGGGUGUGUCUGUACUCUUUGUCUUUGUCUUUUUGUGUCUUUCUGCCAUUUGUUUUGCAUCACUCCACCUUGUCAUCCGUUCCUCCAUGUUUCUUUGAGGUUUUUGUACCACUUGAUGCAUUACACACAAAGACGAGAGGAAUAAAUAUAAUAGGUAGAUAGAAAUUUAAAUGCAUUGGUGGUUCAAAGAGGGACAGUCUGAGAGAGAGUAAUUCUUAUACUUCAAUAUACUUUGACUGUGUGGAUUAGUCGGGGAAGUAUAGGCAGUACACAUGGCAGUCUGUUCCCUGAUAAAUGGCCCAUAGUUAAAUCAGGCUCAGCAAUGUGCAGAAGGGGAGUAAAGUGUCAACACAGUAUUUUGAGAAGUCUCUUAAGUCAGCUUGAAAGUUGAGGGAUUCACUUUCUUUACCAAGUAGGCCAGUUGAAAAUGUGAGACAGUCUACGUUUGAGUGUUUCUAUGUCAUGAUGCACCUCUUUACUCUCGCUCUCUUUGUCUUUCUUCUUACUUGAUAUUUUGCAUCUCUUUUUCAACUCGACAGAAAAUUGGAAGAGGAAUUAUGAUAGUGGAUUGAUGGGUAGAGAUUGGAGUUUUUAAUUUAAUUGUUUUAUCAUUGGUGGAAGAGUAAAUGAGUUUUUAAAGUAUGAAAUAUGUAUACUGUAGGGUAAAAAACUGUGCAAAUAGUGAUAUAGAGAAAACUCAAUAAUAUAAUCAGAUAACUUAACCUUUAAAUGGCAGACAUCAUAAGUGUAAGGCAACUGUAGAGAUGGCAGCCAUCAUCUGUGGACGUUUUGUGUUCCUUCAUCAUCGUCAUCAUCAAUGUUUUAUUGUUGUUUUCCACGCUUACAUUCCAUUUUCCUGCAUAUGGGGGCAGCCUAGAUUAAUGUUGAAUGUUCUCCAACAUUAGGUAAAUACUGUAUAACUAGAGGUGAGAUACAAUUAGAAAAAAUUAUUGGGAUACUGUAUUAAAUUCAAGUGUGUGUGAAGGUGACUGUCUAUGUAGUGUUUUGCAGGGAAAGGAUUUUAUUUAAUAACCUACCAUAGUUCAUUUAUAAUUUUGCAAUAAGUAGUACAGCAUAUUUAUUGUACAGCUAAAAACUCAAUACAAUAUGUUUGUUUCAAGAACAUACUAUAUGUUCAAAAAUUCUGCAUCAUAGUCCAGGUAUUCCUUUUGCACUUGCAGUAAAAAAAUAUGUGAUUGAAUAAGAAAAAUAUUAAAUAGAUAAUGUAAUUAAAUUCAAAAUUAGCUAGAAUGGAGAGAAGUGAAAAAUAUAUAUACCCUGUACACUUUAUACAGUACUGUAUUUUUUAGGGUACUGUACUAUGUGAGGGUGCAUGGUAGUCAAAUAUGUCUUAGGUAGAAAGUCAAUAAUUAAAGGUAUAGAUGGAACUGAAAGAAAAAUUUUCCCAUACAAUGCGGUCUUUCCAGAGUUCUUUACACAGGAAAUGAAGCGAACUGCUCUACCACGUCAAAAAUUACUUUGAUAAACAUUUUAUUUUUCAGCAGAUGUUAGAAGAUGAAGUUGAGAAGAUAUAGGAUUAAGAAUACCUGUAUUUGUUAGAUGACUGUACUGUACACAACACCAUUUUAAGAUGUUUUUAUUGCUUUCUUGGUAACAUUUAGUGUUCUGGGACAACUUGUAUUUCAGUCACCAGUGUAUGAGGUGCUGGCAUAGUUUACAGUCAACUACUAAAGUCCAUUCACCUCUCCCACUGAACCACGAACCCCAAGAUUCAGACAAAUGAAUCCAAAGUAUUUAUGGACAGAAUAAUGUAUCAGUCUACUGCUUCGGGUUCAUGAGUGAAUCUCUGGGUUCAUGGUUAAUGGGGAGAGGUGAAUGGACUUUAGUAGUUAACUGUAUACCAAAAUGCCUGAUAAGUGCUGUACUGGUGGACUCGGAUUGGACUACCUGACAUCAAUAACCACAUACAGUAUAGUCUGGAUUUACGCGGUCAAUUGAACCUGUGGAGGCCCGCGUAAAAUGCGUAAAUGAAAUAUCAGAACAUAUGGGAUUAAUUGAAAUAGAGACUGGGCCUAC